UUCGACUCAUGAGAUCAAGUCUGUCCUGGAUCAGUGCUGAGCAACAGUGUGCAGCUGAACAGGCAAGACUGGCAUCUGUACAAAGUCUUGGGGAUCAUAAAUUCCUGCAGAGUUUGCUUGAUAUGGCUGGUCUGUCACAGGCUUGGAUUGGUGCUUACAACUUCCAGGGAACAUGGCUGUGGGUUGACACAGCUCGCUUCUACUACAGUAACUGGUACUCACUGAGCAGUGUGGGCAGCUACCCAUGUGCUCUCAUGAACAGUAAUGUUGGCUGGUCCAAUACUGUCUGUGGAAGUCGAUAUCCUUACAUCUGUUCUAUUGACCUAAAUAAAUGUUAAAGGACAUGGCUGAAUAAUUUUCCAUAAUGUUGAAGCUGAUAUGGGAAAAUAAAUUGUCUGUUUUCAGAACACUUGAGUAAUAAACACUGUUGAUAUCAAUAAAAAAUGUA